GUUUUAAGUAUUUGCCCUUUCCUAAAUUUAAAUCAUGCUUGACUAAGAGCUAAGUAGGCUACUCCUUCAUCGGUUCGCUAAUCUGAACUCGACAAAUUUUCUAAGCCCUUCAGUCUUGUGUGUGCGUGUGUGCGUGUGUGUGUGUGAAGGGGAGGGCUGAUUCUGCAGCAGCAUUACUGACUGAGACUCUUGGCUCACAGGUGUCAGGACUGCAGUCUGAGUUUACUUUGAAAAGUUCAGGGUCUUUUCUCCUGGUUUCAUGGCUUUCUUCACUAAUAUCACCAUCCUCCUGGUUCUGGCCUGCGUUUCCCAUCAGCUGAUGUUGGGCAGCUGUCAGAAGGGCCAUGGACGUAAGGUACGAGGGGUGGACAGAGGCCAACACAAGGACAGGUCAGGGGUAAAGGUGGGGCGCCAACCCAAAUCUGUCCCUGCACAGCCCAUCAAGGGAAAACUGGUGGCCAAAGACAAGUCUGAGUGCACCUGGGCUGCAACAGGUGAGGAUCUCUUCAUCCUCGGCGUCACUUGCAAGAAGGGGGACAGGAGCUUCAGCUGUGAAUAUGCUGCCAAACCAUCCCUCUGUCCCCAGUACGCUUCUGAUGUCAAGCUUUAUUGGAAGCAAAUUGCCAGGGCGCUGAAGAAGCAAAGGAACCUGUGCCAGGACCAUAACGCGCUGGUCAGGGCGGGUAUGUGCAGAAGAGCUGCCAGAGAUGCUCAUUUCAGACUACGUAAUGCACAGAGGAAGACCGCGGUGCCUUACACUCCACCCCCUGCACCCAGAGCUGUCAAAUCCUGUCAGCAUGGUAACAAGAAGCUGGCAGAGGAGUACUGCAACGACUCCUGGUCGAGUUUUUGCACGUUCUUUUUCACUAUGGUGCAGGAUUAUGAUUGCUGAGAGAAAAAAAAGUGAAGAACUGAAAUAAAUUCAGCUGUCAGUGCUGUUGCAUCAAUACUUGUCCUAUUAUAUAGACUCUGUAGAUGCUUGCUGCUUUGCAAAAAAUUACUAUAUUCUCUAAGUUUUAAUGUAGAGAGCAUACCUUUGAUGAAAUUCUCCCCACUGUUAACAGUGGCUAUACCAGUUCAAUAAAUGCUUUUUUAUCUUUCUAUGUCUUUUUUAUUUCUAUUUUUUAAUGUUAUGCUAUGGCUUGUCCAUCUGUGAUAGAUUCACUGGGGUGUCAAUUUGCUUUUUAAAGCAAUAGUGCACAAGAGUAAAGCAUUGGUAAGACAUAAGCUUUGAGUAAACAAUGCCAUUUAUAUCAAAGCCCCCUCUCUGUCUUUCCCAAAUGUGCACGCACACUCCUACUGAAGGUAUUUGCUGGGAGAUUAGAGGUUUGAGCAUGUUGGGUAUUGACACAGUAAUUUAACCAGAGGGAGAUUGUGAUUUUGAGAAGCCUUAGCCUGCAUACUUUGGCACAGACAAGCCUCUGAAGCCACACUCUCAGUGUGAAACCACAAAAACCUCACAUGUUCAACUUGCAAAAUCAAAGUCAAAGGGCAGCAGGGAUUUCAGCGUUAUGCUUGGCAUUCAUACCAUGAUCAGUGGAACUUCCCGAACCUCAACAAGUUUGUCAGUAUUUAUAUACGACUUUGUCAGUACUGUAUCUGAGUGGUUAUGUUAAUAAAAGCCUUUGAACUGAAAUGUUUCAUCAGUUUUUCUACAAAGUUAAAUUCAUUUACAUCAACAUAUUUACUGAU